GCGCGCCCUUCCCAGAGUGCCGCGCGCGGCUGAAUGGCAGAGCCAAGAUGGCGGCGGGCGCGGCCCCGGCGGGCGGAGGGGCCCUGUUCGAGUGCCCGAGCUGGGCAGGAAAACCACCACCUGGCUUACACCUGGAUGUAGUCAAAGGAGACAAACUGAUUGAGAAACUCAUCAUUGAUGAGAAGAAAUACUAUCUCUUUGGGAGAAAUCCUGAUCUGUGCGAUUUUACCAUUGACCACCAGUCUUGCUCUCGGGUCCAUGCUGCCUUGGUCUAUCACAAACAUCUCAAGAGGGUUUUCCUCAUAGAUCUGAACAGCACACAUGGCACGUUCUUGGGCCACAUCCGCUUGGAAGCCCACAAGCCACAGCAGAUCCCCAUUGACUCCACGGUGUCCUUCGGAGCCUCCACCCGCGCCUACACCCUGCGGGAGAAGCCGCAGACGCUGCCGUCGGCGGUGAAGGGUGACGAGAAGAUGGGUGGGGAGGAUGAGGAGCUCAAGGGGCUGCUGGGCCUGCCGGAGGAGGAGACAGAACUGGAUAACCUGACCGAGUUUAAUACAGCCCACAACAAAAGGAUCUCCACACUGACCAUUGAGGAGGGGAACCUGGACAUCCAGAGGCCAAAGAGGAAACGGAAGAACUCCAGAGUGACCUUCAGUGAUGAUGAUGAGAUCAUCAAUCCGGAGGACGUGGACCCGUCCGUGGGGCGGUUCCGGAACAUGGUGCAGACUGCAGUGGUCCCAGUAAAGAAGAAGCGUUUGGAGAACGCGGGCUCGCUGCCCACGGAUGACUCCGCGUCGCGGCGCAUGCAGAACUUCCCCUACAGCGGGGGGCUGUACGGGGGGCUGCCCCCCACCCACAACGAGGCGGGCUCGCAGUCGCACGGCGUGCACGGCACCGCGCUCAUCGGGGGGCUGCCCAUGCCCUACCCCAACCUGGCCCCCGAUGUGGACUUGACUCCAGUUGUGCCCUCCACAGUGAACAUGAACCCAGCUCCAAACCCGACUGUCUUCAACCCCGAAGCUGUGAAUGAACCCAAGAAGAAGAAAUACGCCAAGGAGGCCUGGCCGGGCAAGAAACCAACCCCGUCCCUGCUGAUCUGAGCUGGGCUGAGGGAGGGUGGGAGUCACCAACUCCACAAACUCUUCAUGUGCGUCUUUUUAAAAUUUCAGUGUUCUAACAGAUGUAAUACCAAGAUUGGAGAAGUGAAAUAUCCUUUAAAGAUCUGUCUUCAAACAUUUUUAUAUGUCUGUUUAAAAGAAAAAAAUACAGCUCCCAGCUCCUUUUGAACCAAAAUCCCUGCAGCCUUUUCUUAGCCUCCACUGUCCCAGAGGUCUUUACACGGAGUUUGGGUCUGCAGGUCGAAGGGGCAGUUGCAGAGUUCCAUUCUCACUCAUGGCAUGGCCCUGCAGGUCGAAGGGGCAGUUGCAGAGUUCCAUUCUCACUCAUGGCAUGGCCCUGCAGAUCCAUGUGUCUUGGUGAUGGGCUCGCUGUGGGUGACACUGUUCCUGCUGGACGUGCUCACAGCAAAUACUUCUGGGGCCAAGCCUUGCAGAGUCCCAUCGGUAGGAGUUGUAAAACUUGCAGAAUAUAGGUCAGCUUUUAUUUUUUGUAUUUUCAAAACCCCACCACUGUGGGGCAUUCUCUUUUUUUUAUUAUUAUUUUUAGUUUGCCUACAGCUUGUUUUAAUUUCCAUAUAAAACACUAGAGCAUCCCAUGAGGCAUAAGAUGGACAAGCAGUAGGUGGGUUCCUUAGCUUUGUUCCAGUGCUGCAGGGUGGGGGCUGUGGGUGGGUACUGAGUGCACAGGUUGGAGUAUCUGAUGGGGAGACAGGCACUGUCUGCACCCUGCUGUGGUGCCAGCAGCUGUGGUGACUCCCCUGGGAUAACUCAGGGUGAGGUUAACACAGAGAACAGUUUAUUUUACAUUUGGUGGCCCUUGUAACUUAGUUUCAUUUUUAUUUGCAAAUGGAACUUGUAAGCUUAGCGUAUAUGAGAUGCAAGAAGACAAAAGGCUGAGCAGCCGUCGGCAGAGCCGGGGGACUGGCACGUUCCACACCUAAACCCCCAAUCUGCAAAUAUUUUGGCUGCUGGGAGCAGCAGAUGAGGAUCAAGUGCUACUGAGAUCCAGAAUAGGAAUUCUCAGUAGAGAUAAUAAAGUAAUGUACAAGCUGGUUUCAUAAUACCACGUUUUUUGAUUCCUUCAUCACUUUUUCCCAUUGAAUAAAAUGAGAAGCUUGACUUGGGUUGUUGCUCCAGCCCUUCAGAUCUUUGGGCUUAGAUCUGAAAAUGAUUCAGAUGUUCAGACACUGUGGCUGUACUUUAGACAAGGUAAGGGCAGAGCUCUGUUAUUUUUAGGUUUGCUCUGGGGUUUUUGUAAACUCUCUAGUGCAGUUCAGCUACAAGUCACAUUCCUUUGUUGUUUGGGGGAUCCAGGAAAUGUGCACCAAAAUGAGAGCCUGCUCACUGUGUGCAGGACUGGGGCUACCUGGUGAAAUAGUGCUGGGGUGCUGGGACAGGGCUGUGUUCCCGAGCAGGGGGUGCUGAUGGUGCUGGGACAGGGCUGUGUUCCCGAGCAGGGGGUGCUGGAUGCACCAGGCCCUUUUGGACAGAUGCUCCACAGUCCGAGUGCUGCUCCGUGACUGCUUCAAUCACGCCCUUGAGGUGAAGCUGAGCCGAAGCUGCCCUGCUCCCAGGAGCGAUGGAUUUAGAGACUGCUCCGUUCCCUCCUUGCACCGUCGUAUCCAGCUGGGACUGUUCCACGGGUGGACUCGGUACCUGCUCCGUGAUCCAGCUGUGCCGCUCGGUGUUCAGUUGCCAUUGAUGAUUCAGCCCUCGGGUGUUUGUUCUGCUUCCCAGCACUCCCACAAUGACUCUCCAAAUCUUUCUCCCUUUAGUCUGGCCUGUAGGAUUUUCAUUUCCCACCCAGUUGCUUUCUGAAGGCAACUCUUUAGGGUAAGAAUAGUCAGGGCAAACAAAGGUUGAACAAGUUUUCUUCUUUUUCUGUUUUAUUUUGGGGGUUUUUGUCUGUUGGGGGGGUGGUUUUGUUUUCUUUGCAAGUGGCUCUUUGCAAGAUUUUUCUUGACAAGGGAAGCUUCAUUGCUCAUUGUUUUUUAAAGCUCUUCUCCUCCCUGGCUCUGAACCAGCUCUCGUUAUUUCAGAGCUCAGGGGCCAUGGCUGGCCAGGAGGGGACAGGAACAUCAAGGGGCUUUGUACAGACGUUUGUACACUUGUGUAAUAUGUAAUAGGCCUUUUCACACUUCUGUUGAGCUUUUUACCUGUAACCUUUACUAUGUUGUAAAUUAAAUGCGGAUUUUGCCA